GAACUAUUUCGUAUGCAAGUCAUGUGACAGACAUAUCAACAGAAGACGAGUUAAUUGUCUUAUACAGUGGAAAGAAAUGUCUUAAUUAAGGAAUUUAAAACAAUAUAUACACUCAUAAACAUUAUACGAUAUAUGUGAUUGUAAUGGCAGCUACAGUGGAGAAAAGAGAGCUCUUAUACAAGUUUCUAGUGAUCGGGGAUAUUGGUACAGGGAAAACCAGCAUCAAGAACCGUUGUGCUCAUAACUUAUUCUCUGAACAAUACAGAGCUACAAUAGGUGUAGAUUUUGCGUUAAAGGUAAUGAAUUGGGAUGAUGAUACAGUCGUGAGGUUACAGUUAUGGGAUAUUGCAGGUCAAGAACGAUUUGGUAACAUGACUCGUGUUUAUUACAAUGGAGCUUAUGGAUGUUUUAUAGUUUUUGAUGUAACAAAACCAUCAACAUUUGAAGCUGUCACUAAAUGGAAAGCAGAUUUAGAUAGUAAAGUAACACUACCAGAUUCAACACCUGUACCUUGUGUUUUAUUGGCAAAUAAAUGUGAUCAAGCCAAGGAAGGAACAGUAAACAAUGUCUCUCAGAUGGAUGAUUUUUGUAAAGAAAAUGGCUUUGUUGGAUGGUUUGAGACAUCAGCUAAAGAAAAUAUAAAUAUAGAUAAAGCAGCUAGGUUCCUUGUAAAUAGGUUAAAUCCAGCACCAUCCCAUGAAGUUGAGUUUUCGGUUUCAAAAAGUAAUCAAAAUAGAACAAGUAAGGCUGCUGAAGAAUAUUCAAAGGAUCGUGAAAAUUCCAUAACUGAAUCUAGUAAACGGGGAGAAAGCUUAAUACAGGAUAUUAAUUCAAGAUUAGAAGUACGACGAAAGAGCAUAGACUUAGAUGGAAUAGACCCUCUUGAAAAAGAAGCUUUCGAACAGACUAUUAUAUACGCAGCUAAAACAGCUUUAAGGGUAAUAAAAUCAGCUAGACUUGAAAGGUCAGAUACAUGUGAUAAUAUUUCUGUAAAAUCCGAAAAUCAGUCGGACGAAGACGAUUAUAGUGAAAUUAUCAAUGAUUACCGGUAUACAAAAAGAAAUUCCAAAGAUAAAUGCAUAACAAAUUUUAAAGAACAAUCGAGUAGACCAGGAAGUAAAAAUAGGACACCAAGACGACAAAGCUCAGUUCAUGAAGUAAAAAUAUACAAUAAAAUGGCCGAAAAGAAGAAGAGUAUUCGAAGAAAGGAAUCGUAUAUGCUGUUGCCUUUAAAGGAUGUCAAAGGACUCACCCAGCAGCAAAUUGACGAAAUAAAGAAGUCGUUCAACGACCUUGAUGUCAAUAAGGAUGGGAGAGUAUCGAGAAGAGAGUUAAUUCUCGGAGCUUAUCGACUUGGAAUGAAUCCAACGGAUGCUGAAGUUGACGAAAUGUUUAAGUCAUCUGAUAAAAACAAUGAUGGAUUCAUAGACUUUAACGAGUAUGUAGAAAUGAUGAGAGAGAAUUACGUCACAAUUGAUAUAGAACGUGAGAGAAUGAAAGCUGCAUUUUGUUUAUUGGACAAUGACGGUGAUGGUUUCCUAACCAGACAAGAGCUUAUCUCCGCUCUGUGUACCAAGCAAUCUGGGAUAACAGUAGAAGACAUUGACGAAAUACUACAUGAUGCUGACAUGGACGGAAAUGAACAAAUUGAUUUUAAUGAAUUUGUAGAUUCAACAAUAUGCGCAAAGUUAUUCUGAAUGUUUAUAAAAAAGUGAUCAACAUAAUCCUCUAAUCGUUUGUUUGUUGAUAGAUUGCAUGGGAGAAUUGUCCUUAAAGAAAAGAGGGGAGGAAAAGAGAGAGGGAGGCAUUGUAUAGAUCGUGAAUAAAAGGAAGAUUAGAGAAACACAUAUGAAUUAACUAAAAUAUAGGAUGUUUUAAUUAAAUCAAAAACUUGUAUAUACAACUCAAUGAUGGACAGACUGAUAUAUUUAUCAAUUUGUACAUAUUCUGAAUCUCACAUGUAUGAAAGUUUUACUACAUAUGUGUAUAUUUUUCUACAUAUGUGAACAUUUUACAACAAAUGUGCUCGUUAAGCGUUAUGUGUUACUUAAAACAGUCAAAUAUAUUACUAAUAUUAUUUAAAACUAAUUAUUUGGAGUAUCCGUCCACUCGGCUUUGAGGUAGUUUUUAAAUAAAUAGUUUAGUUUU